AAAUCGGUCCGAAGCGAUUUUAUGAAUAAAAACCACUCGAACUAAGAAAUCGUGAUUUUUUUUCUUGGCUCCGUACGCCGCAAGUGCCUAGUUCGUUUACGAUCAGCGCCAGGUUCGAUUAACUUCUGUACUAUAUACUAUGAUGUCUGGAACGUGAAAAAUAUCAUUCUAAACAUUGUGUCCCGUGGCUCGUGUCGACGAGUAUGAUGAAUAUAAAAGAAAAAUCUAUUUUAUGAUGUUUUAUAAUCGCGCGCGUGUUACGUAGGCGCCGGGCGCCGAGUGGGGUUUCGUAAGGUUUCGUGACGUUUGCGAAAAAAUAGAAACAUCAUAAACCACGUGGGUUCUCUUGCAUCGCCGGUGACGAUUUUGCGCGGAAUUUCUUGGCAGCCUGUUUCUAUUUAAAUACUUCAAUUCCGUCAGUUGAGCGUUCAUUAUAUAGUGCUAUAGUGUUGGGAUGAUACGCUAGGUACACCGACUAAUUAUUGUUAAUAUUUGUACCAAAAUUGCACGUCACCAUGUCGUUUCUCGAUAUCGUUUCGAAAUUCAACCAACAGGCCGACAGCCAUUCGAAAUCGCAGUCUCUGAACCCGUUUUCGGAGCAAUUCGAACAGUCGCGAUCGCCGUCUCCUCGAUUUUCCCGGGAGGAAUACGGAAAGCCUAUAGCGGGCUCUAAGACAGAUCUGAGGGGACGCAAAGCAAAGUCGCACAUUUGCCGCGAGAUCUUGGAACUGUGCACCGUCAUACACGAUGUGGGCACGUACAAUACGAAAAAGAGAGAUCCCGACGACGAGGACCAACCGAUCGACGACGGAACAAUUAUCGUCAGUUUUGGUGAACUUUUCCAGAUUUACACGAAAAUAUCGGACAAAGUGGUGGGUCUGCUGAUAGCGGCCAAACGCCGCGGUUUCGUGUAUUUCGAUCGGGAAAUACUUUUCCAAAGAAGAGAUGACGAUGUACUUAUCGCUCUGUUGAAACCCAUUUCCGAAAUUAGCAAAAUAUUAAAAGAGGACAUAAGUCAGGCGAACUCGUCGGCACCUGUUGAGUCGAAGCCAGUGGAAAAAAAAAAAUCACCUUCAUCCAGUAAAACGAAACGAACUAAACCCGAGUCUAAAAAAGAGCAAAACGAAACGUCCACUAAUCAUUUGACGAUCGAUGACCAACCAAAUGUCAUAUUAUCACCGGAACUUACAAAUGGCAAUUCACUUGUCGUAGAAAUUGGAAUCAAUGACGACUGUAAAACAAAUUGUGACGAACUAAUAGACGUCAAAGUGUUUGACGUCGAUAACGUCGAGCAGAACGAUGACGAUCAUAACGCAAACUGUAACGAACAAGUCGACGAUAUACUCGUUGAAGGAGAAUUAGUUAAUAAUGUUGUUGAAAUUUCAGAAAAUAUGGAAAAUCAAUGUAAUCAAGUAGAAGAUGACAUAUCGGAGGAAGUGAACGGUUUAAUUAUUGAUGACGAAACUGAUACGAAAGAAAUCGAUGGUCCCUCCGAUGAUGUUAUUGAAAAUAAAAUCGAAAUCUGCGAUUUGGCAGCGGACGACACUAGCGGCGAAGUGGGGGCGGAAGUCGAAAAUGUUCAAAGCGAAACGUACAUUGAGAUUAAUAAAACUCAUACGAACGACGGUCAAGUAGACGUGACAGAAGAAAGUAUAAACGACGUGGUCAACGGUACCGAAAAUAUCAUCAAUAACGAAACAGAACAGCACAUGUGUUUUUAAUGAAAACCACCGACAGCAUUCGGAAUAUCCGAAUGAGAAAUGUCUACUUGGUGCAUUUCUUAAAAAAAAAAAUAUUCCAUAGAUAAGUUUAAGGUGUAAGUCGAAGUAAAAAUAGGUAUUGUAGGAACAAUAGAAUAUUAUUGAAAUAUAUAAAAGUAGUAAAGUACUGCCAACAAACCAAUAAUUUGGUACAUAUUUAUAUUGUAUACGCAUCAAUACAUGGGUACUAUGAUAAUUGAUAAUUAUUAUAAACAAUGUUAGAUCAUACGAUUUACUAUUGUUAUUAUUAUUAUUAUUAUUAUUGACGCCGUAGGGUAAAUUUUAUAAUCACAAUAGAAUUAUUAAUACCACUUACCUAAAUUUGCACUGCAGUAUAGGUUAAUAAUAAUAAUUGUACAUUAUUUUUGUAAAUAAUAUUUAUUUUGUGCCGAAAAGUAGAUAUAGGCACUAUAGGUUAGGUGUAAAUGUGUAAACGUUUUAAAACAUCAUGCUUAAUAUUAUUGCAACUACGUAAACCUGUUUAAAUAGAAAAAAAAGAAUACCACUUAAAAUACGUUCAUAAAUUGGUUUUUAACAUGCAAAUCACUUCACUAAAAGUGUCAUCACUGGCUAAUUUUAUCAAGUUUAUUCAUGUACUUAGUUUUUGUAUUUUAGCUAAUACGCUUAUUGAACCCUUGAGGUUAAGUUACAGAUUGUGUAUAUAACAAUAAAGAAAAAUAAACAUGUAAAUUAAUAGGGAUUUUAGGUUGGGUUGUGAUACAUUUUCACGCACGUUUUAUCUCUAUUAAGAAACAAUAUCGUUACUAUUAAAAAUUCAUUUUUUUUUUUAAAUUAUCAUUUAAAUUUAAUACCUACCUAUUAAUGAUUAUGAGUAAUUUAUUUUAUUGUAGCUUUACUUUUAGGUAUAAUUUAUUAUAACAGGGUGUAAAAAUGAAAAAUAUAAAAAAAGAUGAUGUACAUCUAGGAUAACUAAAUUUUAAUAACUAUUGUAUUUCCAAUUGAGUUACCUUAAUUAUAUAUAUAAUCUACUUUUUUAUAUUAUAAAAGUUCUAAAAAAAUUAUAUAAAUUUAUAUAAUAUAUAUAGUUGUUUGUGUUAAUGCCUUUGUUUUAUUGUGUAAAUUAUGUUGUAAGUGAAAAAUGUUUAAAAUGUAUUUAAUCUUCAAAAAAAACAUUAAUUGGUGUUCCCCGAUAAAAUAUGUGUUAUUUAUAGACAUUUUAUUUGUUAAAAAUGUAAAACAUUUAAAGUAGUCGAGACCAGUGAAAAGAAAAAAACAUUAAAUUCAUGUUAUAUAAGUACGUAUAUAAAUAUAUAAGCCAAUUAUUUUUGUAUUAUUAAUUUAAUGUUAUUUAUAUAGUUAUUUAUAAUUUAUAUACAUGAAAAACAAAUAAAAAUUAUAAUUUAUUUUGUCUGAUUUUAAAAAUAUGCUCUUAUUAAAUGGCAAUUGAACUUUGAAGUGCUUAACGUCUUUUUAUUUCUAUG